AGACACAAUCUGACCAGUGACAAGUGCAUGGUGUUCGGUCUUGUGGAGCUACAGCGCAUGGACGCAAAAUGUGGACUCGUGUGCCACGGGUGAAAUUUUCCAAUGGUUUCGACAUUCCGCUGAUUGGACUGGGAACGUACUUGACCCGAGGCGAGGAAGGAGUCAAGUCUAUCAAGCAGGCAAUCGAUAUCGGCUACCGUCACAUUGAUACCGCUUACAGGUACGGGAACGAGUGUGAGGUAGGCCAAGCCGUCAACGAAAAGAUAAGGGAAGGAUUUGUCGCCCGGGAGGAUUUGUUCAUAACAACAAAGCUAUGGAAUUCAUUUCACGCCCCGCAGCAUGUGGCCGAAGCUUUCAAACGAUCGAUGGAAAAGCUGAACUUGGAUUACGUUGACCUGUACCUGAUGCACAUGCCUAUGGGGUUGGGUUUUAGGGGAUUUCAAGAACAGGACCUCAUCGCGUAUGACAGCUCCGGGAAAGUGAUUUGCUCUGAUGUUGACUUUUGUGACACCUGGAAAGCCAUGGAAGAGUUAGUGCACAGUGGAAAAGUUCGCAGUAUAGGUGUCUCGAAUUUCAACAGUGAACAACUGCAACGUCUGUUGUCUAGUGCAAGCAUCAAACCCGCUACCAAUCAGGUGGAAUGCAAUCCCGGCUUUACGCAAAAGCGGCUAAUCCAGUUCUGUCGCCAUCUAGGCAUUACGGUGACAGCCUUCAGUCCCAUGGGUCGCGUAGAUCGAUGCGAUUCCUCCAGUCGAGUGACAGCCGAUGUCCUGCUACAUCCCAAUGUGACGGCCAUCGGCGCCAAAUAUGGAAAGACAACGGCCCAGAUUGUGCUCCGCUACUUGAUUGAGAUUGGCACAAUACCGAUACCGAAGCCGUCGAACCGUGCCGAGACGUUACAGAACAUUGACAUCUUUGACUUUAGGCUGACACCAGAUGAGGUGACCCUGAUGGACCAGUUUGACGGUGGUAAGCGGGCGGUGCCAUUGAAAUAUUACAACCACCAUCGGGACUAUCCAUUUGGAAGUGAGGAGAUUUAGUCUGCUGGGUAUUGUGAUGAAAGAAUUAGGUUGCAUUAUCCAAUGGAGUAGGAACGGUUUGCGGGGGAGUGAUUAGUAACGUUAGGUUCAUGGAAUGAGUUGAUUUGAUCAUUAAUGCGACAGAGUUUUAGUUAAAUAUGUUCCAAUUAGCAACAAUAGGUAAUUCAAUUUGCAACAGUUUGUAAUUCAGGAUUAAUUAACAUCACUAAGAUGAAAAUGAUAUUCAAUUGUCGAGAUCAGUCCUGGUCAAGUACUUACAACUGGUAAAGAUAGGAAUUAUACACAGUCAGAAAUUAUUGUCGUCUUCGGUAUUGAUUUCACCGAAAUCUCAAACUGCUGAAAGUUCGGUAAAUCUUUAACCUUCUUUUUAAGCCUAUUUUUUUUAAAUAAUUAAAAACUGACAUCAAUCUUUUUUUUUAAUUACCAAUUUUUGUCAUUGCAGAGGAGUUUUCAGAUUUUUAUUUUAGCUUUUGAGUUCAGCUGUUGAGUCUUCGGUGAAAUUCACCGAAGUCAACGAUAAUUUCUAACCCUGUAUAGUUAAUUAAAUACUUACUAAAGUAAGAAGAUUGUGUUCUCAAAAGUGCGCUGAUUAAGCGAGGAAGGAGAGUAUCUCGUAAGUGGAAAGACCUGGGAAUGAACCCACAAGUUAUUUCUCGCUGACCAUUGAUGUAGUGAAGUACCAUUCCCGUUUUUUUACAAAUACGCAAUAAA